UAGAAUGGGAUGCAAUAUAAGUUAUGUUGCUAAAGAUAUUAGACAAAAAGGUAUGAAUCUCUCAAUUUCUUUACUAUUUCAGUCUUACCUAAGCCCGACCACAUGCUUUAUCGGGCCGGGCCAUUUGAUACCCAAACAGUCCGAAAUUUUGUGAUUUCUAUCUGAAGUGAUUCUUUCUCAAAAUUGAAUUUGAAGGCCGCGGGUUUUGAUCAUUGCCUUUGGAGUUUGGAGGCCGUAUCGUAUGUCCAUUUUGUGCUUCUGGGAUUGAGAUGAGCUCCAGCAAUCUUAAACUAUGGCGAAAUAAAUCCCUAGUUCUCAAAGAAAUGUUGAAAGGGCUUAGAAAUUACAGCGCAAAAUCGAAUCUGGGCGUGGAACUGCAGAAGCUGAGGCCUUUGAUAAUGAAGCGAAUUGAGCAAAGAGCCAAGGAUCUUCCCGUCAAUCCCGCGAUUCCAGUGGCGCGUGAAGCCCUCCGUGCCCGAAACGCUCUCUACGACGGCGUAUCGGCCCUCAUCACCCACAUUCCGGUCUGGGCUUGCAAAUACUGCCCGGAAGUUUACAUAGGCGAAAGCGGUCAUUUGAUUCGAACCUGCCAUGGCUACCGGCAUCAUUCAAAGAAUAAGGUCCACGAAUGGGUUAAAGCAAGCAUAAACGACAUCAUCAUCCCUGUAGAGUCUCUCCAUUUGCAGAAAACGUUCAGGGAUGUCACCAAGCAUCGCGAAAUAUUUGAUCAUCAACGCGUUCCUGCAGUUGUGGAGCUCUGCCUGCAGGCGGGGGUGGAUGCCAAUGACCAAAGUGUGAUUACUCCCCCAUUUCCAGAUGACGAUUUGCAGCUGAUAGCGCGACGAACUGUGAACGCGUGGGAGACGCUUAGAUCUCAAGUCCACAAGUUACUGAUGGAGCAUCCGGCGAGAGUUUGCAAGCACUGUGAGGAAGUGCACGUUGGGCCGUGGGGGCAGAAGGCUCGAUCGCGUGGGGUGGUGAAGCAUGAGAGUUGCCAUCUCUGGAGGAGGGCCGGGGUGGAGGACUUGGUCCCGUCUAACGUGGUUUGGUCCAGACGUCGCCAGGAUCCGCACGUACUCGUUGAUCGAGGCCGCGAGUAUUACGGGCACGCACCCGCCGUUGUGGAUCUGUGCAGCAAGGCUGGUGCAUUGGUGCCAUCUAAAUACUUCUGCAUGAUGAAAGUUGAUGGAUUAACUUCUCUGUGAUUCAUCUUUGUUUAGUUUAGCUUGAUUUUGUGAGCCUAGAUUUCAUACAAGAUUCACAUUCAGAUUCGAGUAUUGAACUGUGUUGAAGUAUUACAAGAUCCAACUAACAUUCAUUAAUCAA